UCAAGAAAAAUUUUGAGAAAUUUACAAUUUGGUUUUCUGUAGCAGGCGGGAACGAUGGCCUCCACCCUUGAACAGCUGAAGAAAUUAACCACUGUCGUGGCUGAUACAGGCGAUUUUGAAUCCAUCUCAAAGUACAAACCCACUGAUGCGACAACAAAUCCAUCAUUGCUCUUGGCUGCGUCCAAAAUGCCUCAGUACAAACACUUGAUGGAAAAAGCAGUUCAGUAUGGAAAAUCAAACGGAAGUACUCCGGAAGAGCAAGUAACUGAAGCAAUGGAUAAAAUAUUUGUUCUUUUUGGUGUUGAGAUACUGAAGCUGGUCCCAGGCAGAGUUUCAACAGAGGUUGAUGCCAGAUUAUCCUUUGAUGUGGAAGGCUCAAUUGAGAAAGCAAAAAAGUUUAUAAAGCUUUAUGAAGAAGCAGGAAUCAGCAAAGAGAGAAUCCUUAUUAAGCUCAGCACAACUUGGGAAGGAGUUGAAGCUGCAAGGAAGCUUGAAGAAGAAGGUAUCCACUGCAACAUGACCCUUCUUUUCUCAUUUGCUCAGGCAGUAGCAUGUGCUGAAGCAGGUGUCACCCUGAUUUCACCAUUUGUUGGUCGCAUUCUGGAUUGGCAUGUCAAGAACACAGACUCAAAGGAAUUUCAACCUGCAGAUGAUCCAGGUGUGAAAAGUGUGACAGCAAUUUACAAUUACUACAAGAAGUUUGGUUACAAAACUGUUGUCAUGGGAGCAUCAUUCAGAAAUACUGGGCAGAUCACUGAACUAGCAGGAUGUGAUUUGCUUACCAUCAGCCCUUCAUUGCUAGAAAAACUCUCAAAUUCAUCUGAAAAAAUUUCCCAGAAGCUUUCAAAGGAUGAAGCCGAAAAACUCGAUAUUGAGAAAGUGUCCCUAGACGAGAAGAAGUUCCGCUGGCUUCUCAACGAGGAUGCCAUGGCAACAGAAAAGUUGGCGGAGGGAAUCAGGAAGUUUGCUGUAGAUGCUGUGAAACUUGAGGAUAUGAUAAAGGCUGAACUCCAGAAAUGAGCUUUCCAUAGAGAAAAGUCCUGUAUAAGCCAUCAGGACAUUUUCCUAAAACUUUUGAAAACGUGGCUUUAUGGUCCUUAACAUGAAAAAAUGCUAAAAUGCAUGAUAACGGGUAUUUAAAAUCAGUCGUCCGUCUUGCACAAGACACACGAAGUUAACCAGUGCUAGUGGUAUUUGAGUGGCUGUAGUUCCGUACUGAAUAAUAGCUAAUGAAGAUGCGUGCUUUACAUCUAGGGUAGAUUUUGAUAAUGAUUUAAUUGUUUUAUUAAAUUAACAACCAGCUAGUCAGCUGUUUACAAUCAUUAUAAAAUUCUUUUUAUAAGAUUUAAA